UUCUUUAUUUUCUCGCAAAGUAAAAAAAAAAAAACAAAAAAAAAAAACAAGGAGAGAGAUACCUGUGUUCAGAAUAGUUAAAGCAAGUUUAUAAUUCUUUAAAAGAUUUAAUGUUAACGAGGCAAUUAUAAUGAAGAGUUGCGUUAUACAUAGUCUGCUUUUGUUUGCACUAUUGUAUAUAAAGAGCUUUGACGAUCUGCGUAAAGUUUGAUAAUUCUAUAACUUUAUUAUAUGGAGUACAAUAUCAACUUCUUCACAUGUGUUUUCCUCGAAACUAUUAAAGAUAUAUAGGAAACUUGAUGUUUAUGACUUGUUGCGAAGUCUUUUAAAUGAUAACAAAAAUAUACAUAUAUAGAGACAGAAUUCAAUAGAUUGUUGAAGUAUUCACAAGUAACUUAGCAAAUAUGCGCAUGUAAAAAUAUUUUAGUUUCUUCUCGCAUCUCUUUUUCUCUUUCCUUUAUCGAUUCUUGCCAUUUUCUCUAUCUAUGUAUCUAAAUAUACACCGGAAAAUAUAAGAAGACUGCAAAACAAUUCAGCCAUUAAGUUAAUGAUAUUAAGUUAAUGAUAUCUCUGUAUAAAAAAAAAAAAAAUAUCUUUUUUAAUCUCGUUUGAAUAUUCCUUUUAAACAUCGGCGCGUCUUUGAUAUAUCGCAUCACUUAUUUGAGAUGUUUUUAAUGCACUUAUCUCGCGAAACUCGGGAUUACAUUUGCGCUAUUUCGAAGAUAUCCACAUUUGUUAUAGCAAAUCCACUUGCGAGUUGUAACCGUCAGAUAAGACAUCUAAGAUAUUAUCAGUUUCGGGUUUAUUUUAUCUUUGUGUCGGGAUAAAAGCAGACGUUCUGCCAUAUAGCGUGGUUGUUUGUCAGAACAACUUCGGUAAGGCAGCUUUUUUUAAGACGUCAAGCGCGGAUUAUUUUGGCAGAUGGAAGCAGUCAAGGUAGUUUUAUUCGGCUUACCGAUCUUUUUCGCGGUGUUGAGUGGAGUUAAAUCUGAUUGCAACUUCUUUCAAAAUGUGCAACCUGGACAAACGUAUUAUGCAUACAAUGUCAAAUAUCCUCAUAAUUAUGAGGGUGAAAAUUACUGUACAUGGCAAGUAGCAAGUUUAGAUGUUAUUACAGUAAAUUGCAUGCUUGAAAUGCCACAGAGCUAUAAUUGCAAUGCUGAUAGUAUUUCCAUCCAAUUUGCUGGAUCACAAGCGCAAAAAUAUUGUGGUUUUGGCACAUUUGAGCUCAAAGGAAAAACAAGCGCGACUAUAAAAUUCAAUUCACCAAAUACUUCAUCAGGAGGUAGAUUUUUGUGCGAAAUUAAAUCUGAGAAAUUGUUCGAUGAAUACAAUUGUCCAUGUGGCUGGAAAAAACCAACGAGGAUAGUGGGCGGUAGCGAAACUGGCGUAAAUGAAUAUACCAUGAUGGCUGGAUUGGUCGACAAAACUAGAAAAGAAAUAUACUGUGGUGCUACUAUAAUAGAUAAACAGCACGUACUGACGGCUGCUCAUUGCGUGGAGAACAGAAAUAUUGGUGAUCUCGGUGUUGUUAUCGGUGAACACGAUGUAACUACAAAUAAAGAAACCAACGCGACCAAAGUGUACCGCCUGAGCAACUACGUGAUACAUCCAUUCUACAAAGGAUUUUCUAAUGAUAUAGCUGUUUGUGAAAUUAUCGGUAUUAUAGAAUACAGCGCCGAAGUUGGUCCGGUCUGUCUACCGUUCCAACAUCAAUACGAUUCCUUCGGUGGUGAUAUUGCUACAAUGUUAGGCUGGGGUUUAGAAGAAUUUGCCGGCACCAAAGCGACAACGUUACAAGAAGCAAACACAAGCGUAAUAAGUCUGCAUAAAUGCCAUUCGUUUAAUUCUGACGUGACAUAUACUAACAUAUGUACUUACAAACUAGGAAAGGAUGCUUGUCAGAUGGACAGCGGCGGACCUAUCCUCUGGCAAAAUCCCACUACACGGAAUCUCGUACUAAUAGGUAUUAUCAGUGGUGGUAUCGGCUGUGGCGGAGAUAGUCCUUCUAUCAAUACACGUGUGGGAGCUUACGUUGAUUGGAUACAGAGAGUAACCGGUGCGGAAUAUUGCAAAGUCGAAUAAGCCUUACAAGGUUGAAGAGAAGAAUAUAUUGUUGUGUAAGAUAUACGUACACACAUAUAUAAGUUUGUAAAUAUCAACACUAUGAAAGUUUAAUUCUGUAUAUUGAAAUAUUAUUUGAUUAAACAUGCUUUGAAGAAAAAAAUUGGAACCGGUAAAGUUUUGAUUAACUUGUCACCUUUCGCGCUACUUGCAAUUUGCUUUCUGCUCUUUCCGCGCGCGCUUCUCGAAAUUUUCCUACUCAGUAGAAAAUCUACGACGAAGAGCAUAUUUUAUGAGAAGCCUUUGCUUUCUUUGGGGAAGACGUAUGAAUAAAAUUCAAUUUAAAUUCACUGGCGUCGUGCGCUGCAAUUAAAAAUCGAACGCCGUUUUCUCUCUCGCAUCUCUGUGCAAUUUCAUUAAUUAAAAUGUAUGGAGAUAUAUGCAGUCGUUUUUAAAUGUAUUAAUGUAUGGAAUCUUUAUUAAGUUUCUGUAAUUUCGGAAAGAAACUAUGAAUAUAUAUGAGUAGGCUAUACAAAAAGUCCGCGAGUGUUCAUUUUUUAUAUAUUCAAUUUUAAUCGUAUCGAUAUUAUAAAAAAGAACCAAGUAAUAAGGUAUUGUUAAUUACGCUUGCGCGUGUGUAUGGGUUUGAUCAUUAAUUCGAGAUCGCACUGGAAACGUGAAACCGACAAAUUCGAGAUUUCAUCUUCAUUCUUGUCUUCAGUCAAAUCAAUUCAAUGUAAGACGCUCUAUACUAUUUAGCAUCAUGA